CUUAUUUCUCUGAUGGAAAACUAGUAUAUAGAGAGGAGCUUCGUUUGCUCAAACCCUUUCCUCUUCUCUCUUUAAAAAAAAAUCUCUCUCUCUCUUCAAAAACCCUUUUCUCUUCUCUCUUACAUAACGUUGAUUGUUUCUAAUAAACUUUAUUAGGAUAAAUGGAUUACGAUGCAUCAAGAAUCGGUGAAAUAGUAGAAGAUGAAGAGCAAAUUGAUCUGCCACCUGGAUUCAGAUUUCACCCUACUGAUGAAGAACUCAUAACUCACUAUCUCAAACAAAAGGUCUUCAACACUUUCUUCUCUGCCACCGCCAUUGGUGAAGUUGAUCUCAACAAGAUCGAGCCUUGGGAGUUACCAAGGAAAGCUAAGAUAGGGGAGAAAGAAUGGUAUUUCUUUUGUGUGCGAGACCGGAAAUACCCAACCGGUUUAAGGACAAACCGGGCAACUGAAGCCGGUUACUGGAAAGCCACAGGCAAAGAUAAAGAGAUUUUCAAGGGGAAAUCACUUGUGGGUAUGAAGAAGACUCUGGUUUUCUACAAAGGAAGAGCUCCUAAAGGAGUAAGAACCAAUUGGGUUAUGCAUGAAUAUCGAUUAGAAGGCAUAUAUUCUAUCCAACAUCUUUCCCAGACAGCUAAGAACGAUUGGGUUAUUUGCCGUGUUUUCCAUAAACGUGCCGAUGGUACAAAGGUUGAUAUGUCCCAUUUAGUGUUGCUUGAUUCACACAUAAACCGGAUUGAACCGGUCGGAUUACCUUCGUUGAUGGAUUCUUCUCAACGAGAUUCCUUCCCUGGUUCGUCUACUCACGUGACCUGCUUCUCCGACCAAGAAACCGAAGAUAAAAGACUCAUUCAUCUCGAGUCCAAAGACGGUUCUGGUCCUCUGUUUUACCCUGAUCCUCUGUUUCUGCAAGACAAUGAUUCGCUAAUGAAACUGUUGCUUAACAGUCACGAAACCCAGUUCCCCGGUACUGGUACUGACCCCUCCGGUUUAGCCGGUACGGAAGAAUCGGGUUGCUUUUGGAAUUUCUGAGGUGUAAUAUCUGUUGUAGACUUGUAAUUCAUGUGUUCGUGCGAGAUAUGAAGAUUCUUGUAACAUUUUUUGUAAAAAGAAAUGAAGUCCAUUUAUUUUGCAA